AUGGGUUAUAGUGAGCACCAGCAUAACCUAGGCCCCCUGCCCAUCCUGCCUGAGGGGUCCUUGCUGCCUCCCAAUCACACGGACCCCCUGCCCAUCCUGCCUGAGGGGUCCUUACUGCCUCCCAAUCACACGGGCCCCCUGCCAAUCCUGCCUGCGGGGUCCUUGCUGCCUCCCAAUCACACGGGCCCCCUGCCCACCCUGCCUGCGGGGUCCUUAGUGCCUCCCAGGCACACGGGCCCCCUGCCAAUCCUGCCUGCAGGGUCCUUAGUGCCUCCCAAUCACACGGGCCCCCUGCCCAUCCUGCCUGAGGGGUCCUUACUGCCUCCCAAUCACACGGGCCCCCUGCCAAUCCUGCCUGCCUUAUGCCUCCCAAUCACACGGGCCCCCUGCCCAUCCUGCCUGAGGGGUCCUUACUGCCUCCCAAUCACACGGGCCCCCUGCCCAUCCUGCCUGAGGGGUCCUUACCUGCCUCCCAAUCACACGGGCCCCCUGCCCAUCCUGCCUGCAGGGUCCUUAGUGCCUCCCAAUCACACGGGCCCCCUGCCCAUCCUGCCUGCGGGGUCCUUACUGCCUCCCAGUCACACGGGCCCCCUGCCCAUCCUGCCUGCGGGGUCCUUAAUGCCUCCCAAUCACACAGGCCCCCUGCCCAUCCUGCCUGCAGGGUCCUUACUGCCUCCCAAUCACACGGGCCCCCUGCCCAUCCUGCCUGCGGGGUCCUUAGUGCCUCCCAAUCACACGGGCCCCCUGCCCAUCCUGCCUGCAGGGUCCUUAGUGCCUCCCAAUCACACAGGUCCCCUGCCCAUCCUGCCUGCAGGGUCUUUAGUGCCUCCCAAUCACACGGGCCCCCUGCCCAUCCUGCCUGCGGGGUCCUUAGUGCCUCCCAAUCACACGGGCCCCCUGCCCAUCCUGCCUGCGGGGUCCUUACUGCCUCCCAAUCACACGGGCCCCCUGCCCAUCCUGCCUGCGGGGUCCUUAGUGCCUCCCAAUCACACAGGCCCCCUGCCCAUCCUGCCUGCAGGGUCCUUACUGCCUCCCAGUCACACGGGCCCCCUGCCCAUCCUGCCUGCGGGGUCCUUAGUGCCUCCCAAUCACACGGGCCCCCUGCCCAUCCUGCCUGCAGGGGUCCUUAGGUCCUUAGUGCCUCCCAAUCACACGGGCCCCCUGCCCAUCCUGCCUGCGGGGUCCUUAGUGCCUCCCAGUCACACGGGCCCCCUGCCCAUCCUGCCUGCGGGGUCCUUAGUGCCUCCCAAUCACACGGGCCCCCUGCCCAUCCUGCCUGAGGGGUCCUUACUGCCUCCCAAUCACACGGGCCCCCUGCCCAUCCUGCCUGCGGGGUCCUUAGUGCCUCCCAAUCACACGGGCCCCCUGCCCAUCCUGCCUGAGGGGUCCUUACUGCCUCCCAGUCACACGGGCCCCCUGCCCAUCCUGCCUGAGGGGUCCUUAGUGCCUCCCAAUCACACAGGCCCCCUGCCCAUCCUGCCUGCGGGGUCCUUAGUGCCUCCCAAUCACACGGGCCCCCUGCCCAUCCUGCCUGCAGGGUCCUUAGUGCCUCCCAAUCACACGGGCCCCCUGCCCAUCCUGCCUGAGGGGUCCUUAGUGCCUCCUAAUCACACAGGCCCCCUGCCCAUCCUGCCUGCGGGGUCCUUACUGCCUCCCAGUCACACGGGCCCCCUGCCCAUCCUGCCUGCGGGGUCCUUAGUGCCUCCCAAUCACACGGGCCCCCUGCCCAUCCUGCCUGAGGGGUCCUUACUGCCUCCCAAUCACACAGGCCCCCUGCCCAUCCUGCCUGAGGGGUCCUUACUGCCUCCCAAUCACACGGGCCCCCUGCCCAUCCUGCUUGCAGGGCCAGGGCAAAGGAUUUGA